AUGGAGACUGCAGCAAACGCAGCUGGCUGCACUCGCAGCAGCAGCAGCAGCAGCAGCAGCAGCAGCAGCAGCAGCAGCACCAGCGCUAGCAGCAACAACAGCACCCCUCCGAUUUCACAACACAGUAGCAGCGGCGCGUUUCACAGCAGCAAGAACAGCAGCAGCAGCAGCAACAACAGCAGCAGCAGCUGCGACAGCAGCAGCAGCAGCAGCAGCAGCAGCAAUUUGCUAGCAGCAUUUCGGCGAGAGAGCCUCACAGUGGUGCUGAAGGUGGGAACUUCCUCUCUGAUUGGUGAGCAACAGCAGCAGCAGCAGAACAGCAGCAGCAGCAGCAGCAACAGCAACAGCAGCUGCAGCAGCGGCAGCAGCAGCAGCAACUUGGAGAGGAUAGUGGAGACCGCCUGCCUGCUGCGGCGGCUGGGCAGCAAGGUGAUUCUGGUCAGCAGCGGGGCUGUGGGGUUUGGAGUUUUGUCUUUGAAAAUGGAAAGACCAAAAAAGAUUUCUUUAAAACAAGCUUUUGCUGCUGUUGGCCAGUGCAGACUCAUGCGGCUUUACGAAGACUUGUUCAGCACGCGCGGCGUUCGUGUGGGGCAGCUGCUGGUGAGCCGCCGGGACUUUUUGCUGCGCACAAAUUAUUUGAACUUCAAGAACUGCUUGAGGGCCAUGCUGCAGCUGGGAGUGGUGCCGAUAAUAAACGAGAACGACUCUGUGAGCACGGAAGAGCUGCGGUUUGGAGACAAUGAUUUGCUGGCAGCAACUUGUGCUGCAGCAGCAGCAGCAGAUUUUCUUUUUUUGCUGACGGACGUGGAGUAUGCUUCUCCUGUCUAUUUUGUAAACGCCUUCACAGACGUUUAUUCUUACCUCGCAAGCAGCAGCAGCAGCAACAACAGCAGCAGCAGCAACAACAGCAGCAACAACAACAACAGUGGCAGCAACGAUAACGGAAGCAGCAACAGCAACAGCAGCAGCAGCAGCAGCAGCAGCAGCAGCAGCAGCAGCAGCAACUGGGGCACUGGGGGCAUGCUGAGCAAAGUGCGAGCAGCAAAAUUGGCGACGAAUUUGGGGAUAAAUGUUGCAGUCAUUAAUGGCAGCAAACCGGAGAGGGUAAUAAGCAUUCUUUAUUAUCUUGCUGCGCGGCCAGCAGCAGCAGCAACAGCAGCAGCAGCAGCAGCAGCAGAAGCUGCAGCAGCAGAAGCUGCAGAAGCAGCAGCAGACACCACCGAGGAAGAGACAGAGACAGAUCUCACCAGCAGCGAGUGCUACAGCGCAGCAGACAUGAAUUGGCCGCUGGUCAGCAGCAGCAGCAGCAGCAGAGGCAGCAGCAGCAGGGACUUCAAAGGGGGAUCUGCUUCUCCAGCAGCAGCAGCAGGAGCUGCUGCUGCUGCUGCUGCUGCUGCCGACAAUUCGACGGGACAGUUGGCCUCUCGAAAUGGAGAAGCGCCCGCAGCUGACGCGGGAGCAGCAGCAGCAGCAGCAGCAACAGCAGCAGAGACAGCAGCAGCUGCUGCUGCACCUCCUAAGUCCGCAGCCAGCGAAUACACGCACAAACAAAACGGCCCCGAGCAGCAGCAGCAGCAACAGCAGCAGCAGCAGCAGCAGCAGCAGCAGCAGCAGCAGCAGCAGCAGCAAGAGCAGCUGCAGCAGCAAGAGCAACAACUGCAGUUUGCGCUGCAACAGCAGCGGAUCUGCUGCCCGUAG